GAUAUGUCUGUGUGCCACAUUUCAAAUCGGCCACUCGGAAUAGAUUACAUUAGAGGCAGUUUCUCAAAAGAACGUGCAACGGUGUGCGUAACUUUAUCCGAACUCACAGCGCUGUGAAAUCCAGACACUGUCAAAUCAGUUUACAGCAGUCAGUCGGCUCCUAUGCCUUUUAUAACUUGGGGGGCGUCGGCACCGAUACUUUACCAUGCACGCACGCAUAUACACAUACACACGCAUGGACGUCAAGAGCGCGCAUGCUUCCACGGCCCCGUGCACUUCUUCUGAAUUGCAAAUCUGAUACCCCAGAAGCUACGCAUUAUGUGUAGCAAGUGGGCGCAACACGUUUUCUGAAUCCGGUUCCGGUGUGCCGACGACACCGAUGCCCGUGCCCACAGACUGAUCACAGGGCUUUUACCCGAACAGCACCGAAUUGUAGCAGCUGAGAGACGGAUGCGGGGCUCGUCAAAUCCAGAGGAUUUCUCACGGCUCACGGACUAGAAUGCUCUUCUCUGUGUAUCCCCAUGAACGGAUGACAACCUCCAAACAAACCUAUACUGAAAACUUUCAGCUGUCCGUUUGACGCGGGGGUGUUAUUGAGAUUUCUUCCCCCCUCCUUCUCACCAGAUUCAAGAAAAAGGCAUCAUGCAGGUGCAAACUGUGGGCUAACGUUACUGAUAUGACUUGCUGGGCGCUGACGCGUUUCAUUGUGCCAUGACAACCCUGCAUUGUCAGAUGCCAUUUUACUCUGCGCUAUCCCAGCGUCUGGAAUUCCAACAUACUGGGCCUGUUGUGUAAUUAGAAGUUCGUGAGGCAGUAGCAAACAAGCUGGUGCAAUGAGGGGCUACGCUGUCCAAGACACUGUGCGCAAUUUGUGCUGAAGCUUAUGGGUCCUGCGUACUCAAGCUCCCGGCUUCCACUUGGAGAGGUGUGCAGCGGGGCUACAGCGCACUGGCUGUCGGCUUCACAUCUGGACCGCUUGGCUACUGUCAUCUGCGGCCUGUUCGGACCGUGCCCACCCUGAACUUGUGUGUUUUAAGGGGGACUGACUGUGAUCGCCUCGGAUGCGGAUGGUGUCGUGUUAGGGAGAACGGGGGGCUAUUAGGCUGGGAGUUGACGUUAUAGGUGAUCCACUGGAACACCGAGAUCCAAAGCUGGACUGGCUAACUACUCGAGAAAAAAACUGCUUAUCCCAGCUAUGGAUUUUCCGUAGCAAAGUCACGCAUUUUUAAAGGCAACGCUAGGGUGACACUGCAGUCUUCUCGCCACAUCGGUUAUUUCGUCGUCCGACAAAAAAUAAAAGAGUGAAAGUGGAGUAUUGUCCGUCGUACGUAUCAACGCAGUGGGAUUUCUACGUCUGGUCGGCGUUCCCCCCCACCCUUCCCGCGGUGACGGUUAUGGGUCGGAAGCGGUGUGUCGGUGCAGAUUGUUCCAAGAUGGCGGCCGGGUGCUGCGGGGUGAAGAAGCAGAAACUGUCGGGAUCGCCCGGAUCAGGGGGUCCCGGCGGGGUGGGGGCGGGAAGCGGGGUGGCAGGAACCGGACAUUGUGGCUCGGAGCUGGGGAUUGGCUCCUCCGCGACAGUUGCAGCGGCGGCGAACGUGAGCCGAGCCAACGGCCUGGGGGGACCCGGGGGUAACGUUAGCGGCAGCAGUAGUAGUAGUGGUAGCAGCGGCACAAACGCUCUGUCCCCAGCCCCGGCCGGAUAUAAUACAUCCGGCCUCUCCCCGAAUCUCAGCCCAGGACCUGGUUCGGGAAGUGGAGGCAGAAAAAUGGUCGUUUCGGCGGAGAUGUGCUGCUUCUGUUUUGACGUGCUUUAUUGCCAUCUGUACGGAUACCAACCUCCGAGAACACCCAGGUUUACAAAUGAUCCCUACCCGCUGUUUGUCACAUGGAAAAUAGGCAGAGACAAGCGGUUGAGGGGUUGUAUAGGUACAUUUUCUGCCAUGAAUCUGCACUCAGGACUCAGGGAGUACACCCUUACCAGUGCCCUUAAAGACAGCCGCUUCCCCCCUAUGACAAGGGAUGAGCUGCCUCGCCUCUUCUGCUCAGUGUCUCUUCUCACCAACUUUGAAGACGUCGGUGAUUACCUUGACUGGGAGGUGGGUGUUCACGGUAUUAGGAUAGAAUUUUUCAAUGAAAAAGGAUCAAAACGCACCGCCACCUACCUACCAGAGGUUGCAAAGGAGCAAGGUUGGGACCACAUUCAAACCAUAGAUUCCUUACUACGAAAGGGAGGUUACAAAGCUCCCAUCACAAAUGACUUCAGGAAGACCAUUAAGUUAACCAGGUACCGUAGCGAGAAGAUGACGAUGGGCUAUGCAGAGUACAUCGCCCACCGCCAGCACCAUCACUACCAGAAUGGCAUUGGGCACCCUCUACCACCCUACAACCAUUAUUCCUGACAGCGAGCCGCAUGACCAAUCAUUGGACCUCUCCGCGGACCUUUUCCCAGGAGAGCCCGCCCCCUCCUGGUCUAGCUAUUUCUACUACUGUACCAUUUUAUGAUGAUAGUUUCCGUUGCCAUGCUGGCCGUCUCCCAGACGUUGACAUGGCAACGGGUGGCAACGAAGCGUUAUUUGAUUCUGACAAGAAAUCCACACGUUUCCUUUUCUUUGCCUGUGGUUACGUUUUUGCAGCAUAUGUAUUCCUAUAUCUGAAACCCCCCGUUCAUUCAUAUUUUUGGAAAUUUAAUCAAACGUUAGAUUUUAUUAAUCUUUUCAGCGAACCUAAUCAGGUGUUUAAGUCUGUGGAUGGAAGGAAGUCUCUUCGAGUGGAUUAGUCUCGCGCUUCUGUUGUUUAAGCUUUGCUACAAUUUUUACAUUUACUAAGAAUUUUCUUUUUUUCUUAAUCUUUACGUUAACCUACUCUUAAACAUGUAACACCAUGUAGCAAGGCAACUGCAGUUUUCAAAGGCUGUCGUCUCUUCUUGAUUCCUCUCAAAAAAACAAAACAAAAAAAAAAGACUGAGGUUUGUUUUAGCUUGUAAACUCUUGUAGUGUUGUAGUUGGAACUAUGUAUUGGAAUAUGUAUACUCCAAAGUAUAGAUGGUAGGAUUGUGGUGCCUCUUGACCAGCUUUUGCUGGCAAUAUUUAUUGAUUGAGCUCACAAUCGUGUGUGUGAUUUCUGUGUGUGGAUAUAGACAUUGGUCUGCCACAAGACAAAAAACUAGUAGAAAUUGGAUGAUACUUAAAGAUUCCCCUACAAAAGAGUUUGGAAACCUCCCCCUCUGAGUAUUUGUAGUGUUUUGGUGUGGAAGCUCUAAACCAUGAACAGCUGUGUCCCUUAUCGGUUUUUGUUUUAAUCUUUUUUUUUUUUUUAACUUCUUUCAAAUUUAAAGUAACUGCUGGAGGAAGCCAUUUUGUCCAGGGAUAAUUGUGUCACAGUGAUUUAUUAAUAAACAGUGUAAAAUUCUCUGCAUUGGAGAGGGGGAGCGGGCACAGCUACAGGUCCCUACAGAGGGGAGGAAAAACACCCCAAAAAAGCAUGGCUGAGUAAUACUUAGAUUUAAGUUGAACGUAUGUGUUUGUUUCUGAGUUUACUGGCAGGGAGUCACUUGACAGGGACAUGCUAUAACUACUCAAAGCCAUAAUGUCUUCUCUCUAUUCCACACUUUGUAGUCCGUUGUUUGGUUUUGCAUUCUUUAACCUCUGGUAGAUGUAUCAAGUCUCCAGCUUCUGAAUGCAAAACCAGUUUCGAGACAGACCGCAUCACUUGGUAUACUUGUCAAACCAGGUGGGUUUAGUCAUUUGCUGAAUGUGCUGCAUGUUGCCCACGCUAAUGGGGAAAGAUUGUCUCGUCUCUUUACAUUAUAGCUAACAAUGGUCACUCGUCCACAAAGUAUUAUGUAUCAAAGCUGUCAUUUUGAUCCAUUGAAGACGCACAAAGGAAGUGAUCUCAUUACCAUGUUUGUGUCAUGUAGACGUUCAUGUCAUUGUGCUGUUUAGAAGUGCAGCCAGUCAACGUAGUUGUUGAAACUGCACUACUGCCAUUCUGCUCCGGUACUUUAGUGAGAUCCCAUUGAUCCUGUUUGUGUGUCCACGGCGCUAGUAACGUUUUUGUCAGCUUGUAUGGGCAGUCAGGUUGAAGCAAACACAGUUGAAUUAGUUGGAACAGAUUCUCUGCACGGGGCUCAGUGGCUUGCAGUCGAGGUCUACGUAUAUAUGAAAAAGCCUACACAUAAAGACUCAACAAGCCAUCUCCCAUCCAGAUAUUUACUUGCUGUGAGUCUCAUCCGCACACACACCUGGAUAGUUGGCUUUACUUGUCAGAACGUUUGAGCCUUGGAGGAUCGCCGUACGGGUCGCUUGUUUCGGGUUUUAGUUCGCUAACUGGAAUUUUUGAGAGGUUCUUGUUACUUGACCAACAUCUUUCUUUGUAACAGCCUUUACUAACUGACAGGUAUUUUUUUCUUUAUGCAAAAAUGUCAAGGGCUUUUGGCACUCCAUCCACAGUAACCCGAAAUGACCCAGAUUUCAGUUGUGUUGCCUUAAAUGAAUGAUUUAAAGAAAGGAAAAAAAACAAUGGACCAGUAGAUGAAGCCCUGAGUGUCCCUCUGUCGCUCUUCUCUUUUCCAUCAUCACACCACAGCGUAGGAAAGAGCCACAUGACGUUUUCCUGCUUUAGAAUGCCAGUGCUCUCUCUAAGAGGGCAGCUGGAUGCCCGCAGCCUUCAGUUUUUUCACCCAGCUGGCGAAAAAAAACAAAAAAAAAACAACCCCUGCUCUUAAAGGUGACGUCAGCCGCUGUGGUGUUCAAACUGCGUCUCCUUGUACACUACAUGACGAGGAGGAACAGCCAGGUGGUCAUUUCCUGGUCCAUUUAAACACAGCACAACCUGAAUUUUUCUGCUGCAAAACCAAAUUGACCAUGCUCUUUUACAUAUGUCUUUGUAUACACAUGCAAUGUAUUUUGUUGCAUGUAUGUAUGAGUAUGAGACCUAUGGUUUUAUCCAUGAUAUGCUUGAUCUAUGGCUUACACACUCUUAUUAACCAUUAAGAGAUUUAAGACAAAUAUGGUGCUAUCUGACCUCAUAUUGGGGUGGUCACAGCUCGUGACUGGUCAUGCGGACUCAUUGAUCAUAUCAUACUUAAAGAUGAUACAUGUAAGAUUUUCUCUUUAGUACAUUCCUGUGAAAUGAGUCAUGACGGCACAUUUUAAUACCGAAGUAUGAUAGUCACCAAUUCAUACAGUAGCCCCCAGCAACCUCUGCUUUCACGAAGCUCACUGUGGGUUAUUUUGGGAUCAAUUCCCUAUGGGAAAUACGGAAUAUAGUGAAGAAGGAAAAGUCCCAGAAGCAACAUGUUACAGGGGCUAUGGAAUGUACUGUCUGCGGUCGUCAUUACAAUUUACCAGUGAUAUAUUAAGAGAAAAUCUUACAUGUUUUACCUUUACUAUCCUUGAUAUAUGCAGAUCUGUUCAACAGGUGUUUUUAUUUUGUUUGUAUUUUGUUUGUUUUUGUUUAGUUUUUUUCCUACCAGUGCAAGUCAACACCCCUUGCAGGUUUGAAAGGACAAGAAGUCACAAGUUAACCUCAUUCCCCUUGAUCGCUCCCUACACUGUGGCCCAGCCUCAUGGCCUAGUUUGUCAAGGUGUGUGAUGUAUGUCGUUCGGUAGAUGGUGACAGUAGUCGUGGUCGUCUUUAGCCUCCUCCUGCAAAAUUUGAUGCUGUGUUUUUUUGUUUUUUUGUUUUUUUUUUUCUUCUUCUCCCUUUUCUUUUUUUUUUUUUAAAAGAAAACAACAAAUCCUUAGUUUUUCUUCUAGCUGCUGAAUCGUUUGACCUCCUCAAAGAGUUUGAGUUGUUGACUAGUGAACGAUCCUGUUUUUUUUUGUUUGUUUUGUUUUGUUUUUUUUUGUUUGUUUUUUUUUGUUGUUGUUUUUUAGCCACGUUGAAGGAAAGCAUCUCCUAAAAUGGGACGGAGAGUUAAUAUUUUACGUAAGGACACAGAAAACAGUCCUGCUUCUGUACUGGUUUAACUGUUUAAAGCAUUAAUACCUCAUGGGAUCUUAUGGAACGACAUUUGUAGUUUGUCUGUAGCAGAUUGUGUUUUGGUUCCAUACCAGGGUUAGAGUUCAGCCUCAGCAUUCCUUGCGUGGUCAUUCUCAUAUUUCGUGGAAUGCUCAAGCUCGUGUUACCUUCGUAUGUUUGACUGAACCAAAGAUGCCAGCGGCCAUGCCCAAAUGCUGCUCUUCAGGCCUGGCUUCCUGUCCUUCCAAAAAAAACAAAAAAAAAACUAAAAACCCUGCAAUUGACA